AAGAUGGCUGAAAUUGAAAAAGAAGAGAAGACCAUUGCUGAGGAUUUGGUUGUUACCAAAUACAAAUUGGCGGGCGAAAUUGUAAACAGAACAUUAAAGGCUGUCAUUGAUCUCUGUGUAGCCGGUGCAUCUGUAAGAGAUAUUUGCACAAAGUCUGAUAAUCUUCUUACCGAAGAAACAAGCAAGGUCUACAAAAAAGAAAAGGAUCUGAAAAAAGGUAUUGCAUUCCCCACCUGCCUCUCUGUUAAUAAUUGUGUAUGCCACUUUUCUCCGUCCAAAAAUGAUCCCGAUUAUGAAUUGAAGGAUGGUGAUGUUGUCAAAAUUGAUUUGGGUGCCCAUAUUGAUGGCUUCAUUGCUGUUGCAGCUCAUACAGUCAUUGUUGGAGCUUCGGCUGAAAACAAAGUUACAGGACGUAAAGCUGAUGUUACUUUGGCUGCCUACUGGGCCGUUCAAGCUGCCUUAAGGCUUCUUAAAUCUGGAAAUAAUAACUAUGCCAUUACCGAUGCCGUACAACAAAUCAGUGAAUCAUACAAGUGCAAACCCAUUGAGGGUAUGCUCAGUCAUGAAUUGAAACAAUUCAAAAUCGAUGGUGAAAAGACUAUCAUUCAAAAUCCAAGCGAGGCUCAACGCAAGGAACAUGAAAAGUGCACUUUUGAAACCCACGAAGUUUAUGCCAUCGAUGUUAUUGUUAGCACGGGUGAAGGUAUCGGCCGGGAAAAGGAUACCAAGGUGUCAAUUUACAAGAAGACCGAUGAAAACUAUAUGCUUAAAUUGAAAACAUCUCGUGCUCUUUUGGCUGAGGUUAAAACGAAAUACGGUAACAUGCCCUUCAAUAUUCGCGGUUUCGACGAGGAAACCAAAGCACGCAUGGGUGUUGUUGAAUGUAUGUCACACAAGAUGAUUGAACCCUUCCAAGUUUUGUACGAAAAGCCAAGCGAAUAUGUGGCCCAGUUCAAACACACAGUUUUGCUGAUGCCCAACGGUGUUAACUUGGUCACUGGUAUACCUUUUGCCACAGAGAACUUUGUUAGUGAACAUAGCAUAGCGCAACCCGAACUUAAAGAACUUGUUGCCACUCCCUUACAACCCACUAAAAAGGGUAAAGGCCAUGCUAAGAAAAAAGCUGCCCCUGCUGGAACAGAUGCUGCCGCUAACGCACCAGCUGCCGUAGAGACCAAGGCCUGAAAUGAUUCAAAUCGUCGUAUUACUACUGCCUUUUGCAAUGU